GGCGGCUGCCAGCGCCAUGGCCGGGAACGAGCACAGCCGCGUUCCGUUCCGCCGUCACUCGGGAACCCUGCGCUCAUCGCCCUCCUUCGUCUUCAUCCUUUUUGCUUCAUUAUCAUUCCGUGCCGGCGAUGACCGCCAUGGAUGUGGAAGCGCUGCACCCGCCGGCGGCGUCGGCCAGCAGCCGCGGCGCGCGGCUCCGCACGUGCCUGCUCGCCUCAGUGGGCGCGCUUUUCGUCUGCGUGCUGGGGGUCUCCCUCGCGGUGACCCUCCUCGCGCUCGGGAUCCAGGGCGAGCUGGAUAAGCUUUGGGAAAAGAAGGUGCAGAGCUCUGCACAUCUGGAAAUUGCUCAUAGUCAUUUGAGUAAUAUAACCCUAAGGUGGACAGCGAAGAACCUUGGCAGCAGGUUCAACUACUCAGAGGAAAUCCACGCCCUGGAGGUCAUGCACAGCGGCAUGUACCUGAUGUACCUGAACCUGGGAGUGCGCUGCCCCCAUGAGGCCCAGGGGGGCUGUGGGCAGACCUCCGUUGCGGUCAGUGUGAAUGACAUGCACAGUACCAAGCUGGAGUGCAGGAUGGAGCUCCCUGCAAGCCAUCCCUGCCAGAAAGUGCACCGGUGCUUGGCCGCGGUGAUGCUGCGCGGAAACCAGCGGCUGUUGAUCAAUAUGAAGGUGAAGGGCGACUCUCAGCGCUGGAAACUGGAACGGGACAGCACCAGAUUUGGGCUGGUGCCGGUGGACUCGUCGACAGCCUGAAGAAGCGAGGCCCCGGAAGGACCGGAACACCGAGGGACGCAGCGUGCUGGGGUCGACAGAGAAAGAUGAUCACAGACCAGCCAACAGUUACAGAAACGGGAGGCUCCCUGUCCCGUCAGCUGUCGCUUGACGAAUAUUGUAGCAGAAUGGAUUGUUUCCGCAGAAACACGUGAGAACAAUGAUGCUGCCUGUGUCUCCAAGGAGCACAGCACCACACGUCGCCAGGAGAGGAUGCUGAGCACCUCUUCUGGCCACCUCCGUACACCUGACUGACUGUAAAACCAUUUUCUAUUUUUAUACACUUCAAGUAUUUAUUUUUAUAUUAUAUAUGUUCUGUUUUCUAUGUCUUCACAUUUUUGAAGUAUUUGCACAGAGCACUACGGUGGAAAAAAAAACGUUAUGAAUACUGUAAGCACUUUAGCGUAACUAACACUCAGGGCUCGGACACAUCAGUGAUGUUGUUAUCUCUGCUGCUACUGCAGAGAGAGCAAACGUGGUUGUCAGCUUCGUGCUUCUCCUCCAUGUUUCUUUCUUUGUUUGUUUGGACUCCUUGUUUACCAGGCGAUAUUACAGCUGACACGGAGAGUCCUGAGGAAUGUGGACUUGGCUAUGGCUAGGCCAUUCAGAAGAGUUUCCACUCUCUCUACAAUGUCUUCUUGCAUUCAUUAUUUAUUAUUAUUAUUAUUAUUAUUAUUAUUAUUAUUAUUAUUGUAUUGUUGUUGUGAUUGUUGAUGAACAAUUCUUAAAUGUGUUCAUGUGGGCGAGGUUCAAGGCUGUAUGAAUCUGUGUGCCUCUCCUUGUCUCUUACCCACAAUGAGUGUGAACGUUUUUUUUUUCGGUUUGUC